GUGCAGUACAGAGUAGCCAAUUGGGAAAGCAGUCAUUUGAAGGGCAUAGGUGAAAUGCAGCCUGCAGGACCCCUGUAUGAAAUUGACUGCUUUAAAGGUGUAAUUCAUCAUCUGCACUUCCCACACUGUGAGACAAAUAUAGGGGAGCAUUCAGUUAAACUGGCUGUGGCACAUUUCACUGGUGUUAAUUUAGAGAUCAUACAGCCUCUCAAAGUGACGGACUCACAUGUGAUCAUAGAUGUCCAGGGGCUCUCUCUCUUUGGGCUUUUGAAAAAUAUGCUCUUUCCCACAAAACCCAUCAAUGCACAGGUUUUGUUCUUCCAUGAAGAACUGACUGACAUACAAAUAAGUAAAUUAUACAUACACUUGGUGCCAGGAAAUGUGCCAGUUGAAGAGGUAAAGAAACAUCAUCAGAGCUGUACAUACAUUACAACCAGCUCCAGAUGUCAACUAACCCCUUGGACACAAUACAAACCAUGCUGUGAUACUGGUAAACCUCAGCCAAAGAUUAAAACAUUUGAUACAGACUAUGGCCCCAACUAUCACCCCACAUUUAGCGUACACAUUAAUACCAAGGUUGAAGAAAUUACAGUAGGUCUUUUGGAUGAAAAUGACCAGGAGGUGUGGAAGCCACGACAGCUCUCUCUAACAGCAGGUUGUAGUCAGGAUGCAGCCACAUCUAAUAUUCAAAACGCAGGGGCAGAAUUUGUGGACAGACACAGAGAAGCUCUAAUUCAGAGAGUCUCUUCAGUAAUGGAAAUGGCAGACAGUUUACUAAGGAAUAAGUAAUGAAGAUUGACAUGAUUAGAGUGGAAAAAAUCUCCCAAGAACAAAUGAGGACCCUGUACAAUUAUCUUAACACAGAAGUAAAAAAAUCAGGGGGUUAUAAAAUCCUUAGGGAGAAGCAGCCUUUAUUAGUGGCUGAUCUGAUCUGAACUAAAUGAGAGUUACUGGACUUUUAAAACUAAUGGUAACACACUGUAAAGUUCCAUGUGAGUUGUAUUAUGUGUAAAUACUCAUGUAGUCACUUUCAAUGUUGUGUGGGAUCAUUGUAUAAUUGUAUCAAUUUUACAAUUGUAUUGUAAUUGUUUUAUACUUACAAAGUGGACAAAUCAUAAAUAUAUAACUUAGUUUACUGGGCAUGUAAAAAAUGUAACAAAAGUGAGACAGCAACAUUUGUAAUCAUCAAUCAAGUAAGCACAUUGUUGGUGUGGUAAAGGUAUAAAGGUUUAGACCUCUGCUACACAGGUGCAAGGUUUAAAAACACUUGCAAGAUUAAACCCCAGCAAUGACCCAAGAAAUCAUGUACCCACUUUAUUGGACAAUUUGUUGUUUUUCUUGGAGGCUAAAAUCUGUGUUUGGUGUCAAAAUGUCAUAUUUUUUCUGUAUAUCUACAGUACAUUUAUAUUGUACACCUUUACCAUAGAUAUGGCUCAUAACAAAAGAGACGUACCGGUUUUUCUUUUUGAAGCACAAACUUUUAUUCA